UAUUAUCCGUACGCCUCGUGUGCUGCGCGAAUUUUAAACAUUACCGUUUGUUUGUACUUUCGUUCGACACUAAAUUUAAGCAAAUAAUAAUAUUUCUUACUGAAAUCAAAUAAUUAGCGAUUUAAAUCGAUUUGUUUUUUUCGGAGAUUAUUAUAGUCAUAUAAUAUAGUAUUAUAAAAAAAUUAAAUUAACAUAUAAUAUAUAUUAAAUAAUAUAAUAUUUAUAUAAUUUAUAUAUAUAUAUAUAUAUCAUAUGUCUUAUAAUAUAUACUAAAUACUCUUAAAAGUGUACACGAUGUACGAAAAAUCCCACAUAGUGCUACUAGAGGAUUAAUACAGUUACAUAUACGUGUUAAAAGUGUAUCCAAUAUCAGCAUGCAUAUUCUAUAUGCGGCCGCUUUGUUUUUGAUGUUAACUUUGUGUUUAAUUGACAAUGCUUCUUCUAAUGUUUCAAUGGAGCCGAGCUCAACAAUUCAAAAUAUACAACCCAUGUCACAAAAAGAAAUGCCUGUACAAAGACCACUGUUUGAUGAUGUUUCACCUCAUAAUGUUACAGCUGUCGUUGGUCAAACUGCUAUCCUACACUGCAGAGUCAAACAUGUAUCCGACAGAACGGUUUCAUGGAUGCGAAAACGAGACUUGCACAUAUUGACAUCUAGCAUCCACACAUAUACUGGAGACGGACGUUUCAGUGUCGUGCAUCCAGAAAAUAGCGAACAAUGGGAUUUGAAGGUAGAAUUUGUGCAAAAAAGAGAUGCUGGCAUAUACGAGUGUCAGGUGAACACCGAACCUAAGAUCAAUUUAGCUGUGCAACUGAACGUCGAAGGUACGGCUCAAGCCAAUAUCCACGGUCCCCCAGAGGUGUUCGUGAAGAAGGGCAGCACCAUCAGCCUGACGUGUUCGGUGAACGUGCACUCGACGCCGCCCAGUUCGGUGGUGUGGUUGCACGGCACCAAGGUAGUGGAUUUCGACUCGCCUCGCGGUCGCGGCGGAAUCAGUCUGGAAACGGAGAAAACCGAGUCGGGUACCACCAGUCGGUUGCUGGUCACCAAAGCAGGACUAUCCGACACUGGAAACUACACGUGUCAGCCGAGUAACGCCAACACGGCCACGGUGUUCGUCCACGUGCUCAACGGUGAACACCCUGCCGCUAUGCAACAUGGUGAACACGGUGCAGGUUCCAAAUUAGUGGCGUGGUCUUGGACAUUAACCAUGGCUGCGUUUGCUUUAUCUUAUAGAUGAUGUUAAACAAAUUAAUAUCAUAUUGCUCAUACUCUCGUGAGAUGAAUAGAGCAGUCAAUUUUCCAAGGAAAAAACCUUAUAAUAAUAUGUUUAAUAUUAUUUUUUGUUAUAAACAUUUUCAUUUAUAUUUUGAUUUGUUUUCUGUUUUAAAUAUAAAUCUUAGCAUGAUUUUGUACAAUUUUACAACUUAUGGCAUUAAAUAUUUUGACCAUUGUAUUAUAAAAAAAUCAUCAGACACUAAAUAAUUAUAGUGACUGACUACUAAUUAUACUUAUUUUAUGUGUAAUAUUCAUUCAAUAUGUUAAUUAUUAUUUUUAACAUUCAGAAAAAUACAUAAAAUGUAAAACCACAGAAAUUGUUACUGUAACUGUACUCCGUUGGAUUUUAAAAUAACAACACUAAAUAUAAUACUAGAAAACAUAUUUAUAUAAAUGAUAUUAUGAUAUAGACUAAAAUGAACAUAAAAUUGUUUAAACAUGUAAAAUUCCAAAUACCAGUUUAGUUUUUUAACUUUUACACGUCAAUUCAAACUAUAAUAGUUAGCAGUCAAUUUUUAUUAGUCGCUGAUAUUCAAUACAGUUUAUAACAUUUAAAAUUUGAUCUUAUAAAUUAAGUUAUGUGUACCAUUUAUACAAGAAAAUACUUAUUAUGACUGGAGAUGAUUUUCAUUACAUAGUUACUUUUUGUUUUCACCUACAUCGUACAUUAUAAUAUUACAAUAUACAACAGAAAGUACCUCACAUAUAUUAGUAGGUGCCUUAGUGUUUUUAUGAACUAAAUUAUUCAAUGAUAAUUGUUGUUUAUUGUUCUACGCGUUCGAUUUUAUCAAAAUGUAUGGCUUACGGUAACACGCGAUAAAAGUUUGUAUGAUGUAAUUUUUGGUAAUAAUAUAUUUAAAAAUAGCUGUUCAUUAAUAUCAUACAAUAAUUACUAUUAAACUUAUUGAAUAUGAUCCUGUUAAGAUUUUUUUUCUAUUUUUCCAAAAGCUUCAGAAAUAAUAAAAUAUGUCUAUAUAUAACAAGAUAUAAAACUUAACAUAAAUUAUUCAUUUUAUUUUAAAAUAGUAUGAAACACCAUUUAUAUAAAAAAAAUUAUUUAGUGUUUAAGUGUAAUUAUAUAUAAUAUAUAUGAUACAUAUUUAAAUGUUUAUUUGUUGUAUGGUUUAACUUAAAAAUGGUGUGUUUUUAAUUACAUUUAAUUUUGAAUUGUAUCAUUACACAAUACGUAAUUCAUUUACCGAUAAAAAGAAAUUAAACAGAAAUUUAAAAACUAACGUAUAAAAUAAAAGUUGUAAUGCUCUUUUAAGGAUUUAAAAAUAUUUUAUUUAGACAUACUCAAUGUAAUGUACAAAUUAGUAUUGGUUUUUAAAUUUCAAUGUAUAAAAUAAUUUUUUUAAUUAAUGAUUUGUUUAUAAUAAACUAUAAAACUAACAAUAAAUGGUGUACGUAUUAAAUUCACAAUUUAUUCUUAGUUUCUAUACAUUUUUAAUUUGUUAUGUACAUAACGAAAGUUACGUUUAAAAAUAUAUAUCAGAAGUACGUAAGUACAUAAAAUAUGUAUGUAUAUGUUAUAGUAAAUUAUGUUAAAUGGAAAAUACCACUGAUCGCUGGUCAUUAACGUUACUGUCUAUUUACUUAAUACAUGAAUAAUUAUGGUUUUUGACAAGAUAUUAACACGAAUCCCAAAUAAUAUUAGUUGAAAUACUUAACAGGUAUUACCUAUUUAGUAUUUUAAAAUUUAAAACAACAUUAUUAUUAUUAUUAUUAUUAUUGUUGUACUUAAAUAUUAUAAUUCACCUAACUAUAUUUAAAAGAAAUAUUCUCGUUACAUUUCGUUUCACAAAUGUUCACAGUCAAGCCAAGUUCUAAGCUCAACGUUUAUUGUUGUAACUAAUCUUACAAUAGCAGCAUUUCACUCAAGAUUUCCGAAAGCUCGUAAUAUACUAUCGCCUAGGAGACAAUGACCAAUAUUUGAACAAAUAGACCAGUGCUUUCCAAACUUCUCACCUCACCCAGAUAAAUUUUUAAAAUAAACGUUUUUGGUUUUCAUGACAAAAUUAUUUUAAUUACAGUGGUUCUUAAUCAUUUGUUUCAAAAUAAGUAUACAUACUUUAAGUAUAUAAUGACAAAUUAAUUUAAGAUAUAAUCAUAAUACAUAAUAUAAUCAUAGCAAAUGUAACUAAAAUUGGUAUUAUCCUAAUAAGAUAAAUACACCUGAAGUUCCUUCGAAACUCACAUUCGAUAGGAUGUGUAUUGAUAACAACUAUUCCCCACUUUUAUAAUAUAAUGCCCUCAAUCGAGAUUGUAACUUCUAUCACCCCUGCCUUCAUGGUUAGUUCUAUCGCUCACUUUGAUUAACACUAAUAUAGAUUGACGGUUCACUUAAAGUUAACUCCUUCAAUCACAGACAAAUCAUAAUCAUUCACUGAAAAUUUAUGAAAAAUCACACUGUUUAUUCAAAUAACGUUAAUGACCGAUUACUUUAUCUUCUAGCAUUUACUAUAUCAAAACAACAUUACACAUUUAUAGAAUUGAAACCAUACUAUAGUGAAAAAUGUGAAGUUUAUCAGUUACCUUAGUGUUUAGAUAUCAUUUCUAACGUAAAAUAAUUGUAAAUAAGAAAAUUGUAAAUAAAACCAUUAUAAUUCUGUCA